CUGUAAUUUAAAACCGGAACAAACGAAAACAAAAAGCAGGGACCAGCUGUGGAGUGUUUCUGCUUUUCCUGGAGUGUUUUGAGCACUCUCACUGAGAAGCGCUGGCCGUGAAACAGCAUCGUCUAAAUCAGCACAACUGGACGCAGAAUAAUGCCACAUUAGCAAAAACCCAACAGUUUAAUGCUUUUACUUUUUUCAACACCUUUUCUCGCCUUUAUUACUUUAAGUUGUGAUGAAGGGUUUCGGUUGUGCCAGCUUGAGGAUGAGGAGGAGGAGAAGCAGCAGCGGGGCAGCCGGGCUGCUGUGGCCGCUGCUCGGUGCGUGUCUCUGGGCUUCGGUGGUCGGGUACAAGCCGGUAAUCAUCGUGCACGGUUUGUUCGACAGCUCAGGGGAUUUUAUAAACUUACAGCGGUUCAUUAACGAGUCUCAUCCAGGGACAAACGUGACCGUCAUCGACCUGUUUGACAAGGGCGCGAGCCUGGAGCCCAUGUGGAAACAGGUGGAGGGAUUCAAGGCAGCUAUCUACCCAAUAAUGCAAAACGCAGCAGAUGGGGUCCACUUUAUCUGCUACUCUCAAGGCGGUCUGGUUUGCAGAGGGAUCCUCUCCACUCUGUCUGACCACAACGUCCACUCCUUCAUCUCCCUGUCCUCACCUCAAGCCGGGCAGUACGGAGACACAGACUACUUAAAGUACCUCUUCCCUCAGUUUGUGAAGUCAAACCUCUACCACUUCUGUUACACUGCAUUAGGUCAGAUGAUAUCCAUCUGCAACUAUUGGAACGACCCCCACCACAGAGACCUCUAUGUCAACAGCAGUGAUUAUCUGGCUUUGCUCAACAGUGAGAGACCCAACCCAAAUUCAACAGAAUGGAAGAAGAACUUCCUCAAAAUCAAAAAGCUGGUACUGAUUGGAGGACCGGACGAUGGAGUCAUCACGCCCUGGCAGUCGAGCCAGUUUGGAUUUUAUGACGACAACGAGACGGUUGUUGAAAUGCAGCACCAAGAACUGUAUUUGAGAGAUGUUUUCGGGCUGAAGACGUUGGCGGCUCGCGGAGAUCUGAUCCUCUGCUCUGUUCCCGGCGUUCAGCACGUCUGGUGGCACUCCAACGAGACCGUGUUCCAUACAUGCAUGGAGAAGUGGCUGGUGUAGCACAAAACCUCUUCACAGCACACACAUGCAGACGGACACACAGAAAAACACACAAAAACGGUCGACCUCUACAGCCUCGGUUGUAGUUUCUUCUGUAGGACAUGAGCUGAUAUUUUGGGGGGAUUACAGCUGUGAAAGAUCAUUUGGUGAUGUCAGGAUUUAUUUUAAACCGUCUUUCAUUUUAAUCUUAUUUAACAUUUAAGGAGAAAGUUUAACAUUAGGGGAAAAAUUGUGUUACCUCUCUCUCUUUUAUGUGUACAAUACAUGUUAGGCUAUACCAGAAGCAGCUUAGCUUAGCUUUGCACAAAUAAUGGAAAUAAAGGGAAACAUCUAGCCUGCUUGUGUGUGACGAGGACAAAACCAGCACUUUUAACUUCACUCACUAACUUGUUUAUUUUAUUCGUCUGAAUAAAGUAAGUGUAAAAUGAUAUUGGCAACUAUUAGUGGCGACUACUAGUGGGCUAAGAAGGUACUGCAGGAAGGCUACAGUCAUGAUUGAUAGAUCAAUAGAUGGAUACUUUGCUGAUUUAUAUUCAAAUUUUGUGUUAUAGACAGUGCUUUAAAAAAACAAAACAAACAGAAUACAAAAUAAAAAUGAGGUUAAGGAGAGUAGAAAGUAUCACACUGCAGAUUGCUUUAAUAAAUAAUAUGUACUCUAUAAAUGUAAGAAACAUUUGGAGGAAUGGUUAAUCUGCAGACAUUUCCUGGAGUCCAGCUACCAACAUAAUGUUGCCAGCAUUUUAAAACCCCAAAAAUAUCACCAUCACAAUUUAAUUUUUGGGUGCAUUAACAAAAAAAACCAAAAAACAUUUAACAUGUUAUUCAGUGGGCUUAAGAGUGCUGGUAGGCAGAUUUAAUGCAAUUCAUUAAUAAAUUUUUAAUGACAACACAGAUCCAGGCUAGUGGCUUUCAGCUGCUAUGUUGAGCUAACGCUCUCCAUUUAUUCCCACUGAUGUCACCUUUGCGAACGACGUGAGUCCGGCCCUCACCGUCAUACGUAGAUGGUAUGAAAGAUGGACGUUUCUAAGGUUGUUAUAACUAAAACUAAACUAAAAAUUAAAACUACAUAUUAAUAAAAUAAAAUGAACUAAAACUAAUUUAAAAAAAUAGAGGACAUGAUAAUGGUCGGACAUGUUUACUGAGACUGUGGAUGUUUACAUAGAUUGAAACUAAUAAAAACUAAAACUAAACAUUUUUAAACAAUAAAAGCUUCAGAACUGAAUUAAUUUAUCCAACCCUGGAGGUACGUUCAUGUUUUAUACUGUCUGCGGUGUCGUUUCGGCUUGUAGUGCACGUGUUGUUCUUGUUUGGGUGGGUUGUAUCAGUACAGGGAUCAGGGAUUUCCAUACAUCUUUUCAAACUGCUUGAAAGGAUACGAUUUUCUGGAGAAACCUUUACCAUAAUCUAACCUGUAGCAUUAUCUCGACCAAGUCUUGAUUCAUAAAGGGGAAAAAAAGCACAUUUCCCAAAUUGUUACACUUCUCCUCAUGUAUUUAUUUUUAAAAAAACCACAUUGUUGCUUUUGGAGAAAUCCAGCACAUCGCUGCCUGUUUGGUGAUGGCUGUCAGAAGGGGUUUUAGCUGCUUUUCUGACUUUAAAGGAGCACUCCAACAAUUUUUCAUUGUACCAUUACAAGGGACAAGAGUGCUAGCAGUCAUCGUAGCAGAGGAUUAAGGAUAUGUUGAAUUUUAUUUACAAGUGUGAGUCCAGUUUGUUGUUACGUUCUUCCUGCCUGUUUCAUGGCAAACCUCCAGUUUUAAUGCGGGCUUUGAGGUAAGUGAGCUGUAGUUGUCCAGCUGAGCUCACCAGUGUUGCUGUAUCAGCAAAGUUGGCGGCAUGCCCCUUUUUAUUUGAAUAAAAAUAUUAGUUUAUCACUUUAAAAGCAUGCAGUGUAUCAGACUGUAUGUUUGACUGCUCCAUCAAACAUACCUCCAAGCCGCCACACAAACACGACAGUGCCUGAGCGACGUUAAGUCGUCUACAUGUUGAGACUUACUGCCCCGCUCGUCUCGCGUUGAGUCAUUUAUACGUUUUUCAUUCCUCCAUCUUUAACCCCGGUGUCUAAUUCAGAGUGAGCCUCCGAUCUUAUCAUCAGUUUAUUAUAACUAUCAUGCAGUGCUUUGGACCUUUACUCCAUCGCUUUUGUAGAUGAAGCCUUAAUUUUUUUCCCCCCUACAUGCCUCAGUAUUUCAUGCCCAUUACCAAAGUGCUAUGACACACUGCCUUUAGUGACGGUGCUAAAAACAAUGAUAGGGAGGGGUGGCAUUGGGCAUAAUAAGACUAGAGAGUGGCAGUGAUAUGUUAGUGUUUACUGGUCCACCGAACCUCCCAUCACAUUUAGAUAUCUCAGGCCUUUUAGCAACCUUCAUGUUCCUUCUUUUCUGUUGUUUAAGGGAUUCAUUUGUAACACUUUUAAUUUAUACUUGUCGUUCUUAUAUUUCUCAAAAGGACAAAAAGAGGAGCGUGUAUUUGUAAGAUCAAACAGAAAAAAAACUUAAUGGUUAAGUAUGAAUUGCACAUUGUAAAGAGAAGGGAUGUUGUUAAGAUAGGGAUAAUUUUAUCUGUGUUCAAGCUACUAUGUUAAUGUUAUUGCAUCUGUUGUUCAUGUAUGCUCGUGCAAAGCCAGAGCUGACCUAAUCGCAUCAGAUGUGGAUAGAAGGGGGACAUCCCUUCUAUCUGUUUAAUUUUCUUAUUACUAACAAAUAAUAAAUGUGGAUAUGGACACUUUUUUAAAUCCUAAAACAUAAAGUACUAUUUUAACAGUUUCUACCGUGUUUGUGUUAUAAAUGAACAGGUGUCAAAUGCUGUCAGGUCUUCAAUAAAAGACAGUUUUGAGCAUU